AUGGCAUCGAUAACACAACCACAGCAACAACAACAACCACCACCACAACAACAAUUCCAUAGAAUGGAUUUGAUUUUAGAACAACUUCAUUUUAGAUUCUUGGAAUUUCAACAAAGAUAUAUUGGCGAUGAGAUUUCAGUGUUUAGACGUCUUCCCAUAACAAAGAAAUCGUAUUCCAACGCCACUGUUAAUAUACACUAUGGUGAGCAUAUCACCACUGGUCUCAUUCCUUUUGCACUGCCACGCAAUGGACAGAUUCUCAAUCAGAUCUCACCGGAUCUCUCGAUAUUCGAUGCGUUGCAAUACUACAUGGAUGGUGUGGCGUCGCUGAUCGUCGCCAAGACACUCGAUACGAAACACGACCGUUUCGACAAAUCGAUAAAGAUCUAUUGGAGCGUCUCACUGAACGCCAUCGAAAAACUCAAUAACACCGGAAUCAUCUAUUCAUUCCUUCGUCACAUCUGUCAACUCUACCCGGAGCACUCUGAGUACGUCUACUCACUCGGCACAUUCUGCUACUCCUACUUCAAACUUCACCAGAAUGCACACCAAAUCAGUGCAAUUCGUUUCUUUAACCAACCAAGAGAUAGAACCAUCGAUUUACACGUCUACUCCAAAAUGCAUUCUCUUCUCAAAGAAUCAAACAAAUCUUUCUUGAUUGAAAUGGAGAAACAACCAAGUCAAACAACAGAUUAUUGGUUUAUAUAUGCAAAGACAUGUUGUUUAUUGGAUAUAGAGGAGAAAGCACAAAGUUGGAUACAAUUAUAUAUUAAUAAUGCAUUCGAUAGAAUAAAGUUGGCAAAGAUUGUUGCUUCCGAUCAAGACGUGGAGCCUUAUCAUACAAAGUCAUGGUACAAGGAGAUUAUGCAGUCGGUCGAGUUGGAAGAGGUCAGAAGAGUCAAGGAAGAACAGGCAAAGAUGGAACAACAACGCGUUGAGAGAGAACAACAGAUGUUGUUGAUUCAGCAACAGGAGGAAGCAAUGAAGCAGUUGCAAAACCUGGCGAUUGCCGAUCAGUUUGAAAUUAUACCGAGUGCUGCCGAUCAGUAUCAAGAGAUCAAACAAAGUCUUAUCUGUGACGGUUACUCACCAAAGAAUAUGAAUAACGACGCACUCUUGAUUUCCUCGGUGAUCUUGCUCAGUAUGACUCAACCGAAAGAGGCAAAAGAGGCAGAGGCUGCCAAGAAGCGUUUGAACGACCGUCUCGAUCUCUACAUGCUCAAGAACAGCAAGGAGAUUCCGGGUGACGAUUGA